ACUGAUUUCCAUCGUAACAAAUUUUUCAUUUGUGUCCAGCGCUUUAUCCCAAGAAGUCAAAAUUCUUUCCCUCGGGAUUGAGUCAUACCUUUCCAACGGACAAGUGCCUUCUAUCUGGAAGUUUCCGUCAGCCCGACUAUGUCCGUUCAAUUUUGGCUUCGAACGCAACCGCUUCAAGGCACUAAGAAGCAGAUUCAAGCGCGGAUUCAUGCUCUGUUUUCACGACGAAACUUCGCACAGGCAGCGAUUACUGGAACUGAAAAGUGCUCAAAUCCACCUUCUCGAGGUUUGGUACUUGGGGUGUACGCCGACGAACACGAUCAAGAUGAUUUAGGCAUGUUGACCCGUACUGCAGCCAAGUAUAAUGAGACCUAUACCAACGGUGCGUUGUUAGAUAUGCUCCGGAUUGCUGGCCCAUUACCGAAGACAGGCGAAACAAGAGUUUUUUUCAACCUUGAACCAACAUAUUCUGCGGUAGCCGUUUGCGGACUUGGCACCGAAUGUCUCGGAUACGAUCCAAUGGAAAAAAUAGAUUUAUCUAAAGAAGCCAUUCGGGUUGCUUCUGCAACAGGUUGCCAGGAGUUGCAAAAGUUGCAAACUAGCCGUAUCUAUGUAGAAGAUUUUGGUCACGCGGAAUCUGCUGCGGAAGGUGCUCAUAUGGGCUUAUGGGUUAAUCAGGCGAUGAAAAAUCCUGAACAUCGUGUUUCAAUUCCGCAGUUGCAGCUUUAUUAUGAACCGGAACUACCAUGUGAUUCCAAUGGUUGGCGCAUUGGACUAGCAAAGGCGGAAGCACAAAACUUAGCACGACAGCUACAGGAGGCACCCGCUAACCAUAUGACUCCAACAACUUUUGCGCAAAACGUUGUUCAGAUUCUAUGCAACUCCGGUGUGAACGUAGAAGUUAAAGUUCGAAGCUGGGCAGAAAGUCAAGGAAUGAGCUGUUUUCUAACAGUAGCCAAAGGUUCGUGCGAACCACCAAUUUUCCUCGAACUGAGCUACUACGGAGCCAAUCUUAAGGAGCGUCCGAUUGUGCUUAUCGGGCAGGGAAACACCUACGACAGUGGUGGCAUAAGUGCUAAAAAACUACACGCUCUACGUGAUAUGCGCGGAGACAUGGCUGGCGCAGCCUGUGUAGUUGCGACAUGUCGAGCGAUCGCAGCUUUAAAAUUGCCAGUAAAUAUUCGAGCUCUGAUUCCACUUUGCGAGCAUAUGAUAGGUUGUAACGCCAUGAAACCGGGCGAUGUCGUGGCAGUGAAAAACGGAAAAAGUAUCGAGAUCGUUGAUGCCGACUACGAAGGUCCACUAGUGCUGGUAGACGCUCUCCUGUACGCGGAAUGCUUUGGACCCAAAUAUAUUGUCGAUGUGUCGACUAUCUCCGAUCACGUUCUGGAAGCAUUCGGCAAGGUGUGUAGCGGUGUGUUCACUAAUUCAGAGGAGCUUUGGCAACGAAUUAAAAAUGCUGGAGUACACACCGGCGACCGAGUCUGGCGGUUACCAUUGUGGGACUACUUUACGCACCAAAUGUGCUCAGUAGAGCAUGUAGAUGUGCAAAACCUCGGAAAAGGUCAUGGCGGAGAGUCCUGCAAAGCAGCAGCAUUUCUGAGAGAGUUUUUGCCCUGUGGCCAAUGGAUGCAUAUCGAUGCGUACAACGUCAUGACCACGAAAGGGGAGGAUUAUCCGUACUUGCGGAGAGGCAUGGCCGGGCGUCCCACAAGAACUCUGAUCGAGUUUAUAGCGCAAGCAUGUUGUCACAACAAGAGUAGCCAAUAUCCGUAGGGUAAAUUGACGAGUGAGUUUCUUAAUACUAUUUAUUUUUGAUACUAUAUUAAGCAUUGAAUAUCUGGCUGAAUAAAUUAUAUGUACCAAUUAAA